AGUAAUGGCGCCAUCUCCAACUGCAGAACUUGAGGAUCAAAUUCUGGGAAAAAUCGCAACACUUUUCGAAGAAACUCUGAGUAAGCAGCCACCGUCGAAUAUUGUCGAACUAUGGAAGGAACACGUUGAAAUUCGGCGGAUUCUUAAUGAUGUUAUCAGUAUUCAGGCAAAACUUGGUGAUACUGAUGAGCGAUUAGCUAAUUCUAAACGAGACGCGGAUUCAAUAAAAACAUUUCUUGCGUGGGCGGAUGGAGUUGGAAUUGCUCGAAAUAAUGUGACAAUUGGAAGUACAAAAACUGCUGGGCUGUCACUUCAGGCAACUGGACCAAUUCCAAAAAGUCAUAUAGUCGCCCGUGUCCCCCGCCACGCAAUGAUCACUCUGGACCUCGCAAAAAAAUCUUCACUUCUGAAAAAAGCCUUCGAAAAAGAUCCGAUAGUCGGUGGAAUGGAUAAUGUCGGUCUCGCACUGUUCCUCGCAUGUCAAUGGAUUCAAAAUGAGAAAUCAAAAUGGAAAUCAUACAUUUCAAUUCUUCCAACAACAUUUCCCACACCACUUUUCUACUCGGAAGAGCAACUUCUCCAGUUGAAGCCAUCACCGAUAUUCGAAGAAGCUAUCCUGUUCUAUAGAACAAUUUCUCGGCAGUUCUGCUAUUUUUUGUUGGCCAUCGCGAAGAACAAGAUCUACGAAGCGGCACAGAGACGAAAAGAUGCACGGAAUGCGAUGGAAACUCCGAUUUUCUAUAAUGUUCCGUUUAACGUCGCGAAUUUCACGCCGAAGCUGUAUUUCUGGGCGGUUGGAGUUGUGACGACAAGAGUUAAUAUGGUUCCAAGUGAAAAUCAAGUUGGAGAAGAUGGAAAUCCGGUUAUUAUUCCAGCAUUAAUCCCAGUGCUAGAUAUGGCGAAUCACGAAAAUGUGCUCACAGAUGUGCUCACUGAGCCAAUUGAAGAUCUUGUAUGCUAUUCACCAGAAGAAGAAUGUGCAGUUAUAACAAGUCAUUGUGAUGUAAAAGCUGGAAAUGAAGUUACAAUAUUUUAUGGAUGCCGUAGUAAAGGAGAACAUUUACUUCAUAAUGGAUUCGUACCAAUUUAUCACGGAAAAUUCGACGUUUUAAAGCUGAAAAUUGGAAUUCCGAAGACUGAUAAGACGUUGGAUGCGAAGAAAAAAUUGAUUCAGAAAUUUGUGAAAAAAGUCUAUUGUGCUGGAAAUAUUUUCCAUGUUGAUCUUUAUAAUUACCACGAACAACCAUUCCCACUGGAUCUUCUAAUGUUCGCAGCGAUUUUCGUCUCCACAACACCCACCGAAGAAGCCGUUUCAGCACCGGAAAACCGUAAAAAAGGAUUGGAAUUUUUGAAAACUCGCUUUUCACUGCUCAAAAGAUCUUAUGAAUCGUCAUUUGAUGCAUCAAAACUCAAAGAAAUUGGAAUUGAUGGAGAUUCGGCUCGCCUAAAGUCUGCGGAGCUCGAUAUUCUACAAUUGGCUCUGAAUUACUGUGAAACGCUGGAAAAACAAUAAUUAUAGGCCUCUUUGGGGAUUUUGUUGAAUUUUUUGAUUUUUUUGAUUGAUUUUAUUGAUUUUAUUUACAAAGGGCUUCUAGGCUCAGGCUUAAAAACUCGCCUACCUGCCUACCUACAGGCAGAAAAUGUGCUCCGCCCCAAACAGUUGGGUCCCGUUAAGAAUUUAACGGCAAAACCGGAAAUUGGAAUUUUUUUCGCCAAUUUUCGAGCAUUGUUUUUUUUCAACGAUUUUUGUACUUAAAAAUCAUCUAAAAAAAUGGAAAAUUUAAAAAAACGAAAAAAUCUUGAAAAUCGACGAAAUUUGUCUUAUUUUUGAUUAUUUUUACGUCGAAAAAUGCUUGAAAAUUGCAUUUUUUCGGUGUUUUUGAUAAAUUUUUUGUCAAAAUCGAUGAAAUUACCAAUUUUCAUGCAUUUCUCAUGUUAUUCCAUCAAUUUCGGCAUAAAAAUCAUCAAAAAACGAUAAACUCUUAAAAAUUGGCAAAAACAUUCAAAUUUCCGGUUUUGCCUCCAAAUUCCUAACGAGACCCAACUGUUUGAGGCGGAGCACUUUCGAUUCGCCGUGGAGCGCAUUUUCUACCUGUAGGCAGGCAGGUAGGCACUAUCUUGGAAGCCCCACCACCUGAAACUUUAAACCUUUACUGCAUGAUCAUCUGUUUGCUCAAAAAGUUUUGUUUGUUUUUUUUUUUAAUUUUUUAUUGAAAAUUUUGAAGUCUUUUUUUUCCGAACCCGACGACAAUUUAAAACAAUUUAAUUUAAAAAUUACAAAAUAAAUAAAUUAAAAUAAUUA